CCAGUUUUCUGCAUGGCAUGGUGGAGACUUAAUGUGCUGUGCUCUAGAGGAUACAUAAAGAAAAGAUCACAAAAUAAACUACCAGUUUAUGAGUUACUGGAAGCUGGUUUUCAUAUCGCACAUCGAUUGAGAGGUACAAGACCAGAUGUCCACUCCCCCAAACACGACACACAGACUGACAGCAAUAUACAACCACACAACACUCAUGCCAAAUGUUUAGAGAAUGGAGCAUCUGAUGCAUUGUACAGUAACGAUGAUGGGUUAGAUGGUAUUCUUUUAUUAGUUGAUAUCCAUGAACAAGGUGGGAGAGAUGUAGACUGGGUGAGCUCAGCAGAUGUCUGACCCAAACCGGUGUACGUCACAAGACUCAACACCUCAGGUGCGGUGACUAUUGUUGGGUAUGGAGGCGUGGAAGACAGGAGAAAAUUCUACCAGUUUUGGUAGAACGUAAGAGGGCAGACGACAUGGCAUGGAGUCUUAAAGAUGGAAGAUACUUCAGACAGAAACAACAGAUGCUGGAAUGGAAGAAUGAGUACACCAAAGGAAACUUGGAAGUGGCAUUAAAAUAUGUAAUUGAAUCUACGCCAGAAGCCUACAGAGUGACAUGUGGAGAUGAGUGUGGUGGGGUUGCUAGGUGUGGAAAUCCCUCUGUAAUGCAAGUCAAAAAUGUCAUAAGGGAAUUAGAAGAGAGCGGAGACUUUGAUGUGAUUCGUACACCAGACAUCCAUGGCACUGUAGAAUUCCUUGUCACAGUUACGCUAGAGUUACAACACAGGUUAGUCAGAAUAUUUUUAUCUUCUUCAGUACUUCAGUGUUACAGCAAAGAUCAUGCAGGGUAG